CAAAAAAGGGUACAAAUGCCUCUUGAAACUCUUUCACAACAACCUUAGAUUUACAGAAAGAACAAUCAAAGAACAAUGAUAAUCAGAUCAAUUUCUUCAUCAAAGUUGAAGAAAUUGAUUUUUCCACUUUCUCUCUCAGCAUAUACACACAAAAAUCCCAUACCCAACUCUUCUCCUCCAAUUCUUGAAAAUGUUAAUACCCAAAACCCUGCUAAAACCCUUGUCCCUCCAUUCUUGUUCAGCUUUAGAAACUACUCUACACCUAUAAAAAUCCAAUCUUUACCAGUUUCUAGAGAUGGGAAUUUUGAGGAAUCCAUUUCUGAUGUUGUUUGCCCUGGUUGUGGUGUUAAAAUGCAAGAUUCUGACCAAAAACAACCAGGGUAUUUCAUCAAGCCAUGUGUUAAACCCCCAAAUUAUAAAACACCCAUUAACAAGAAUCCAGUUGCUGAUGAGCCUGAGAUAUCGUUUUCUCUGAAAAGGGGUUUGCUUAAUGAGGAUGUAGAACAUGAAAAUCAAGAAAAUGUUGAAAAACCAGGGCAGAAAGGUGAAAAGCCUGUUGUUUGUGCUAGGUGUCAUAGUUUGAGGCAUUAUGGGAAGGUUAAGGAUCCAAGUGUGGAGAAUUUGUUGCCUGAUUUUGAUUUUGAUCAUACUGUUGGGAGGAGGUUGAUGUCGAGUAGUGGGGCGAGGGCGGUUGUUUUGAUGGUGGUUGAUGCAUCUGAUUUCGAUGGAUCGUUUCCUAGGAAAGUAGCUCAGUUAGUUUCUAGGACAAUUGAAGAGAAUUCGCGGGCGUGGAAGGAGGGGAAAUCAGGGAAUGUACCUAGAAUGGUAUUGGUAGUUACAAAGAUUGAUCUUUUACCUAGCUCAUUAUCACCUACUAGGCUUGAACAUUGGGUUAGGACAAGGGCAAGAGAGGGUGGGGCGAUUAAGUUGACGAGUGUACAUAUGGUUAGUGCAGUGAGGGAUUGGGGAGUGAAGAAUUUGAUUGAUGAUGUAGUGGGACUGGCCGGGCCAAGAGGGCAUAUUUGGGCAGUAGGAGCACAAAAUGCUGGAAAGAGCACAUUAAUCAAUGCAAUAGGGAAGUGUUCAGGUGGAAAUCUAAGUCAUUUAACAGAGGCACCGGUGCCGGGGACUACAUUGGGGAUAUUGAGGGUAGAAGGGGUGCUUCCAAGGAAUGCCAAGUUGUUUGAUACUCCGGGGCUUUUACAUCCGCAUCAGAUUUCGACAAGGUUGACUAGGGAUGAGCAGAAGCUAGUUCAUAUAAGUAAAGAGUUGAAGCCAAGGACAUAUAGAAUCAAGGUUGGACAUUCAGUUCAUAUAGGUGGGCUCAUGCGGUUGGAUGUGGAAGAAUUAUCUGUUGAUUCCGUGUAUGUUACAGUUUGGGCAUCUCCGCUAAUUCCACUUCACAUGGGGAGGACAGAGAACGUCAGCACAAUGCUGGAAGAACAUUUUGGGCGUCAGCUGCAGCCGCCGAUUGGAGAGGGACGAUCUGAAGAGCUAGGGAAAUGGUUGAAGAAGGAAUUUCAUGUGAAUGGAAAUAUGUGGGAUUCUAGUUCUGUUGAUAUUGCUGCUUCUGGUCUUGGUUGGUUUGCCAUUGGACUAAAGGGAGAUGCUAAAUUAGGUGUCUGGACAUAUGAUGGUGUUGAUGUCAUUGUUCGUAACGCGUUACUCCCAAACAGAUCCUAUGAUUUUGAAGUUGCUGGCUUUACUGUUUCAAAAAUUGUUUCCACUGCUGACCGCUCCUCAAAUAAGCAGCGCCGUGAUGAGAAGAAGAGGAAACUGAGCGACUCUACUGCAGAAAAACCUGCAAAACCAUCAUCUGUCAAUGUGGCUUCAACUACUUGCUAAUUGUGGAAGCAUUUACAAUCUGGCAAUGUACUUUGCUUGUCCCAGCACUGGAAUGUAGAUCGGACGUGGGAAUAAUCACCUAUUACCUCUCCGGGACUUGGAUAAGUUGAUGCGUUUCUACCAUGAUUUUUGCCCCCUGCAAAGAAAAACGCGGCAUCAAAACCAGAGAAAUGCAUUAAGCAAAGGCAUUCAGGGUCCAUCCACUAUUGCAUAUCAAGACACCUUCUGCUGUGAUGGCGGUAUCCCCUUUACGCUGUUCUUACCUUCGUUAUACUCAAGUUUUGGCGUCUAUCGAUGCCAAAAUGUCUCAUUUCGUAAAUGAAGCUUCUUU